GGCAGUGCCAACUCGAUGGGGAUGACCACCCACCUUCAAACCCGCAGCAAAUUUGUUGGGACAGUGAUUAUUCUUUCAACUCUUCUCUUCAAUUGACAGGGACUUGUCUCAGGGAGCUUCACGUCCCCCUUUUGCCAGAAUGCGUCUUAUCAACACAUCCACUCUCACGCUGGAGAUGUUCUUUGGCAAGGCUGUGCCAGAUUAUGCGAUCCUCUCUCACAGAUGGAAUGAUGUCGAAGUGUCAUUCCAAGACUUGCAAGACGGUGAAGGCGAAAAAAUGGCCGCGUACUCCAAGAUACAGAGGUGCUGUGCUCAGGCACAGUUAGAUGGGUGGCAAUACGCUUGGAUUGAUUCCUGUUGUAUUGACAAAACGAGCAGUGCUGAGCUCUCAGAAGCCAUUAAUUCCAUGUAUUCAUGGUACAAGGAGUCACAAGUAUGCUAUGCAUAUUUGGCCGACGUCAGGAGAGGAGAAACUCUUCAGGACGACUUGAGGGGAGGCAACUGGUUUACAAGAGGCUGGACUCUACAAGAGCUUCUCGCGCCUUCAUCGGUUGUUUUCUUCGAUACAAACUGGAACGAUGUUGGUACAAAGGGAAGCUUGGUGGAUAUUAUCUCAGAGAUUACUGGGAUCGAUGAUUUUGUCAACUUCGAAGGAGCCUGUGUGGCCAAAAAAAUGUCCUGGGUGGCCAAAAGAGAAACUACAAGAGUUGAGGAUAUGGCAUACUGUCUUUUGGGCCUGUUUAAUGUGAAUAUGCCACCUCUUUACGGAGAAGGAGAGAGGUCUUUCAUGAGACUACAACUGGAAAUCUUGAGGACUUCGGAUGACGAAUCCAUCUUUGCAUGGGAUGCGGGAUAUGACUCGUGGGAUCACGAGGGUUCUGUGGAUACGCUCCAGAAUCUCAAUUCUGGGCUCCUAGCAACGACACCCAAAUACUUCAUGAAUUUGGGCAGCAUCAGGCCACUGAAACGAACGGAUCGCGGUAAUGAUCUUUUCAGCGGAGACGCCCAGCCCUUCUCAAUAACCAAUAAGGGUUUGCAUAUAUCAUUAGUUCUGAUUCAGGCUCGUAGAUCUGACGAAGGCCUCUUCUUAGCCCCUUUAAAAUGUUUAUGGGCUGGCAAGAAUGGAGAAGAGGAUCUUAUUCCAACAGUACAGCUGCGGAAAUCAGUGGAAGGAGUCGAGAUAUACACGCGCGUGGCAAGAUUUACGAGUCGAUCCGGAAGUUUUGAAAAUUUGUUGAUGCUAAACUAUGAUGAUAUAAACCUCAAACGGCGAUCAUCAAACAGACUCUCGCACAAAUACAUUUAUGUCAACAAAGGACGAAGCUAUCAACUCAAGCGUUCACUAAACAUAAAGGGUUGGGAGUUUUUUGUCAAAUUGUCGUCUCUGAAAGACCACGGGUUUGCGAUAUCCCAAUAUGAUCAACUGGACUUAAAACUCAAUCCAGAGGAUUCGGUGGACGAAGCAAGAUUGGUUAUCAAAUGCUUCCAUGGAAUCGUUGCUGGACUUCGGUUUGUAAACGGAACUGGAGAAACCAUCGUCUUGGCCAUAAUCGUUGAAAAUGGUUACGCCCCUUCCUUAUUAAUGCUAACACCAGACUCGAAUGAGAAACUUGAGAAUAUUACAAGUUCUCUCUUUGACUUAUGUGUUGGGACUACUUCAAUUGCAUCGAACGUCGGCUCGGUAGUCGCGGCAUGCACAAUGACUCAUACUGCAUCGUCUGGUUCCGAAAAUACUGGCGAAAUUGAGAGCUAUGUGCCUCAUCAAAGUCCUCCUCUGGAUCGCAUGUCACGACAUCUGAGGAAUGGAAAGUCGGUAUCUGCAUGUCUAAAGCACGUAACCGCCGAUGGUGGUCGCCAGCAAUUUUGGAUAGACAUUGUAAUUGAUGUGCAAGAUGCCUUAAGAUGGCCAGCUCCCGAGUGGACAAAAAGCUUGCUUCUAUCAAUGGCAAUGAAGAAUAUGAAAGGAGAAAAGCAAUUCUCUGGUGCCAAGACUGCCGAAUCGACCAAGGAGCACCGUCGACGACGUAGAACAGCACCGGUUUCGACAACUCAGCAUGCAGUUUCUGAAAAAAGAAGGGAGAAAGGAGGCAGAUUUGCACGAGACGAUCGAUCUAGGAGUAGAGGACGGAAGAGAGACGACCGAAUAAUGGAAAUGCCAAACAGGCCUGUUUACAGGAGGGAAGUGAGUCGGGAUUAUAUGCAACCAGAAAGCCAAGAGUAUAGCCAGGGCACUGGGAAGGAGAGAAACAGAGAAAGAAGAACUUAUCAUAGUUCUGGGCGUUCUGGGAGCAAAGUGAGGGUCGAGCGGGAGUGGACAAGAGAAAAGAGAGUGUCGAAGAACGGGAGGCUAUUAUGAGGGAAGAUGAAUAGUGAGCUGUUACGAAGAUCACGGCAUAAAGUGACGGGAUUACAAGGUAUUUGUACUUUAACGGCACUUCGGUGUCUGUUUCUAGCGCACUCAGUUACUAAAUUGCCCUAUAAUUCUAGGCCAUUACCCUAAAACACGCUAUAAGACAGGAGCGAGGGGUACUAUACCUUUUUGGGGCUUCUCCCUUGUACUUAGAAGGAAUACCUCGCUAAAGAGCCCUAUUAUAAUACCAGUUUAGCGUCCAAGCACUAUUGUUGCUCUAUUAGUAGCGAUAUUUACCCCUAGAGAUCUUCU